GUCGUCAGGUGUUAUCAUUUACAUUUUUUUCAUCCGCUCCUACUCCCAAGUUCUGGAAUAUACUGUGGCAGUUAUUGAAGAGAAAACAGAACGAAUUUCUUGCACUCCAAUUGCAAUCAAGCAAGGGGAUAGUAAAACUAACGAAUAAAAAUGCUUUGGUUUCAAGGGAGUAUUCCAGAAGCUAUAGGAGCAUCACGCAAUAGAAAAUGCAUAUUUGUAGUAGUUGUAACCACAGAAGAUGAGGAUUCGCGAAACCUUUUAGCCAGAUUAGAAGAUGAAGAAGUCUCAAAAUUAUUUAACAGUUGUGUCUCAAUUUCCUUAAAGAAUGGGACCAGUGAAGCCAAUCAGUUCAGUCAGUUGUACCCUCUUGUCAUCCUGCCAGCAAUUUACAUGAUUGGUCUUCAAGGAUCACCAUUAGAAGUUAUCGGUGGAUUGGUAGACAUUCCCACAUUGUUAAAGAGAGCCCAGUUAGCAUUGGAAGCACAUGACAAACAGCAGAAUGUGAAUCAAAUAUUGCAGCCGGCAGACAAUCGUGAUUCGCCAGAAACAACAGCCCAUAGCACAGAAGCAUCACAUUCAUCACGAAGCGAUGAAGCUUCCAAAAGUGAAAGUGAAAAUAACGAUGUUGUCCCUGGUAAUUUACCAUUGGAAGCUCGCUUAGAAAGAGCUGAUCAGCUGCUAGCACUCGUGCGUGAGAAGAAGAACGAAGAAGAACGUGAAAAAGAAAAAAUUAAGGAACGCGAACGUCGAGAACUAGGCAAACAACUUCAACAAUUGAAAGAAAUGCAGCGAGAACGCGAAUUACGUGAACAAGCUGAUUCUCGUCAGAAAGAAAAACGCGAAGAAAAAGAAGCCCUGGAGAAAAUCCGACAGCAAAUUCUUCAAGACAGGGCAGAUCGAGCUGCCCGGUACCAAGCGGCUCAGAUUAGCGAAGAGGAGCGGCGACGUACUGCUCAGAGUGCCCAAGAACAACUUCAACAAGAAAGGGCCUCAGCGGCUCGUAGCGCGUUUGCUCGCCUUCAGUUUCGUUUGCCAGACGGUUCCACUCGUACCGAUCAAUUUUCCUCGGACGCCAAAUUAUCGGCCGUCAUCGAAUUCAUUGAUCGCGAAAUUCAACCAAAUUUCAGACCUUAUACAAUCAGCACUACUUUCCCUCGCCGCCAAUUCGAUGAGUUUCACAUGCAGCAAACGUUACGUGAACUGGAUCUUUCUCCUUCUGCAGCUCUUCUUAUCAUUCCUGCAGCCGGUUCUAAGCCGAAGGCUAGCACAUCCGCCAGCCCUUCGCUGUUUAGUUCGCUCUUCGCACGAGUUUUUCUCAUCUGGAAUUGGAUUUGGACAUUUUUCUCGAAUCCUACCCCUCGUGUGACUGACGAUGUUCCAGCGGCUCAGCAACAGCCUAGUAAUCAUGGAGUUCGCCGUCGGAGGCCUGAUGGUAACAUACACCGUUUAAGCGACGCUAGCCCUGAUGACAGCAGUGAUGAUAACGGAACGUGGAACGGCAACUCCACCCAACAGUUAUAAACAUCCCUUAUCGAAUUUUUUUCUAGCCAGCUCGUCCAAUUCGAGCAAACACAAGGUUUACUCUUGAAUUCGAUGUU